GUUCGAUCGAAGAAUGUCCCUUGAUCAGUUCAAGAAACAAGCUUCUUCUUUCCUACACGAGAGAUUCAAAGUAGCCAGGCUUGUUUUUACUGAUGUUACUCCGGCAGAAUUGUUGGCAGAGGAAGCUACAAACAAAGAUCCAUGUAGCCCUGAUGCUAAAACAAUGACAACAAUAGCUGAGGCAUCCUUUGAGGUAGAUGAUUAUUGGAGAAUUGUCGAUGUCCUUCACAAUCGGCUACAUAACAUUGAGUGGAAGCAGUGGAAACAAUCCUACAAAUCACUGGUACUCCUUGAGUUUUUGUUAACCCACGGACCAGAAGAAAUAGCCGACGAAUUCAAGUGUGAUUCAUAUAUCAUCGAAGAACUUGGAACUUUUAAACACAUAGAUGAAAGGGGGUUUAACUGGGGUGAGAUCAUGCACCAAAAGUCACAAAAGAUACUACAACUUCUGAAAGGUGGCCAGAUCUUACAAGAAUCACGUUUGAGAGCUCUGAAAAUAACAAGAGAAAUUCAAGGAUUUGGAAGUAGUUCAUCCCCGUCUUCGUCGUCAUCAACAUUCUCACCAAACUUCUCACCCAGCUUUUCAUACGGUUCAUCAAGAACUUCAUCAUUUGAUUCAUAUUCUACAAUUACGAGCCCCGCGUGGAGUGAUUUACACGGGGAAAACAAAUUUGAAAACUUCUCAUACCCGGAGGAAGCCAUUGAGAGGCAUAUUUGGAAAGGAACGGGAAAUGACAAAAACUCUCCUGCAAGCAAAUUCAAUACCAAUGGAAAACACCUUUGGGACUGCCCCCCAAUCGAAGAGGAUGGUUGUCUAAUUGAACCUGAGGAUGAGGAAGAGAAACCAGCAAGUUUUCUAGGUGGAGUUUGCUCAAAGCUCGCGGCUUUGAGUCCUAACCAUCCAGCGAGAGCAGGAUUUCGAAGAGCUUCUAAUAAAUGCGAUGAAUGA